AUCACACAGAAGCGCUUCAUCGUGGUAACAAACGGGUCGAAGAGAUGCAGGUGGCCUCAUUCUAUUCAUCCUUACCAAAAUGGCGUCCGGCACUAGAUAUGCACAAGAUGCAUCUAAGAACCCGGUCUUGCGCGAAAGGUGCCACAUCUACACUGGUCCUCCAAAGUGCCCCCAUGACUCCCAAACCCUAUCCGGUGACGAGAAAUAACAAACCGGGUCAGGAUACAAGCGCCACAAAGAAACCUGCGCCCGCAAAUAUAGUUCCGACAUUUGCCACUGUGGAGCAUUGUGUUAGAAAUCGUGACCAUGACCCCAAGACGAGCGUACAAGAGCAAAAGCUGACAAAGACAUAUGGGACCUUUAUCGCGGAUUUCACCACAAUGAAUACAGAACUUGUCAUGCUCCAUCAAUCAGCUCUUCAUGCUCGCGAAAGCAGAGCUGUUCGCAUUGAUUCUGCUAGGAGUGCAGACCCGCACCUUGAUGA